AUGGCAAUGGCAAAUGAAGAGCAAUCAAGGGCCUUUCAGGCGUACAUGAGCCGCACUGGAGGCAACGGCGCGCAAAGUCAAAGCCAGGGCCAGCCAAUACCUCAGUACCCGGGCUCUUUCGCCCAGCCAGGCAAUCAGCAUCUCUAUAAUAAGUACAUAAGUACCGCUUACCUUUCGCCUUUCGGCUUCACAUUUGAUGCAGCAGUUGCAGUGUUUAUCGCAGCUUACAUAUAUCAUAGCAAUUUCCAGGACUCGGGAUUCCUCCUGCGGCGCCGACACCUCCUCCAGCCGCGGGAUCUUCUGUUGCUUCGUUCUCGGGCUAUCAGGGCGGAUACAAUCAGGCUGGGUACGGUCAAGGCGCGUACGGUGCAAACGGCAUUCAACAGCGUCCGCCGCCGCUCGGUGAGCCACAGACACAGCAGCAAGGUCAACAACAGGUGCCACCACAAGGAGGCUACCCAGGAUACGGCCAAGUACCAGGUGGCUACAACGCGCAAUUUCCGCCCCCACAAGGACACAACGCUGGCUGGCAAUACGGAGGUCCUAACGCGGCCAUGGAGAGGCAGCGUAGUACUCAUACGAGCGCUCUUGUUCCGUCAUCGCACAACACCCACCAAGAGGUUGUAA